GAGAGACAUCGUGCCCAGCCCAGCUGAGUGCUGCUCUCCUCCCACUCCUCUGUGUUGAGCUGUGCUCCAGUGAGACAGUCUGGUCAGUCUGUGUGUAUGACAGAGGAAAUAACACCAUCACAGACAUCUGCUAAUACACAGUGUUACACUAUACAGGACAGACCUCUACUACUCCACAGUGUUACACAGGACGGGACAGGACUCUUCAUUCUGUCCACUGGUGCAGAGCAGUAGAUCCUCUGGGGUUUGGAAUAGAACAUUGUUGUUGCUGUUGACCCGUCUGAGGAUGUGGAAGAGGAGGGGUUUAUGGUGACCGUCACUGUUUCUACCAUAAGACACAGAACUACUGGAUAUUCAACCCAGAGGAACGAGACAGAUACAUUCCUGCAACAGUCCUGGGACGUACAAGAACAUUUUAUCAAGGGGAACUUCUUGUCAUCUGUAAUCGUUGUUUUGGAGAAGAGAGGAGGUUUGAAACCAUCUUGACAACACUCAUCAUCUAGUGAAAACCAGGGAAAACACACCAGGCUCAGACCAGGCCCAGACCAGGCUCAGACCAGGCUCAGAAUAGGCCCUGUUGCAAACAAAGUUCUUGAACAGAACUGUUUGGGACUUUUUCACGUCGCCAUGGCGUCCACAGGUCUACAGCUACUUGGCCUCCUAUUGGCCGUGAUGGGAUGGGUGGGCGGUGCUCUCGUCUGCGCCGCCCCCUUGUGGCGAGUCUCCGCCUUCGCGGGCGGGGAGAUCGUGAUCGCCCAGGUUCUAUGGGAGGGGCUAUGGAUGACGUGUUUGUCCCAGAGUACGGGACAGAUCCAGUGUAAGACUUACGACUCUACCCUGGCCCUCCCCAUCUCCGCCCAGGUGUCCCGUACCCUCUCCGUGCUCUCCCUCCUCCUCUGCCUCUUCGCCCUCCUGCUUGGCGUGGCUGGGGCUAAGUGCACCAAGUGUCUAGGGGAAGGAGCCUACUCGUCCAAGGCUAGGCUAGCCCGCGUGGCUGGGGCUCUGUUCUUCUUCUCCGGGCUGCUCUAUCUGAUACCCAUCUGCUGGACGGCCUACGCCGUGGUCAGGGAUUUUUACGAUCCGAAAGUCGCCGCGCCGCUGAAGAGAGAGUUAGGCCCCGCCUUGUAUCUAGGCUGGGGGGCGGGAGUUCUUCUGCUGGUGGGAGGGGCUCUGCUGAACGCAGGCUCCUCCCCUCCAGGGGUUAGGGCAACGCCUACUUUUGGGGGAGGUGGGAGGAGUAACCCACUGCCUAUGGUGGUAGAGGAGAAGGAGUAUGUCUGAACCAUGCCACACCAGGGUUGUGUUCAUUACUUUGAGAGGAAAUGGACUGAAACAGGGAGGGACUACCUGAACGUGUCCAAUAAGAAAUGUUCAUUGUCCAUUGUAAAACAUUUUGCAACAUUAUGCCCUAAUGAAUACAACCCCAUCACUAAACGCUUAGUGGAGAGACAGGUCAAAAUGUAAAUAAGAAAAUGCUUAUGAUUACGUUUCAUGUGCAUGUGCAUGAAUAUUCUCCAUUUCUUAAGACCACUUGUAGACAGCUUUGUUAUUUUGUUAUGACAUCAUCUUCUAGUUGUUUUUAUUAUGACAUCAUCUUCUAGUUGUUUUUAUUAUGACAUCAUCUUCUAGUUGUUUUUAUUAUGACAUCAUCUUCUAGUUGUUUUCAUUAUGACAUCAUCUUCUAGUUGUUUUCAUUAUGACAUCAUCUUCUAGUUGUUUUUAUUAUGACAUCCUCUUCUAGUUGUUUUCAUUAUGACAUCAUCUUCUAGUUGUUUUUAUUAUGACAUCAUCUUCUAGUUGUUUUCAUUAUGACAUCAUCUUCUAGUUGUUUUCAUUAUGACGUCAUCUUCUAG